GCGUGCGAGAUCAGCGUGUGAAGUAAGACGUGUCUCUGAAUUUAUUUUGUAUCCAUAUCAUUUGCAUGUCAUCGUUUACCGUUUUGUAAAACAUUGUUUCGCGUUCGUUCAAAAAAAGUCCAUCUAAUUAACACUAAUCGCAACAAAAUAUGCCACGAGAAAUCAAAGAGAUCAAGGACUUUCUGUUGAAAGCCAGGAGGAAGGAUGCUAAGUCUGUAAAAAUCAAGAAGAACGCAGACAAUGUCAAGUUUAAGGUCCGCUGUUCUCGAUUUCUGUAUACCCUUGUGAUCACAGACAAGGAGAAGGCUGAGAAACUCAAGCAAUCCUUACCACCAGGUUUACAAGUAAAGGAAGUAAAGAGGAGUGAACGUGUAUAAAAUGACUAAAUAAAUAAUCUUUUAAACAUGA